UCUAUGAAACGCCGUCUUUCUGCACCGCCUCACGAUCUCUACCUCCUCUUUCCACCUGUUGCGCAGAGUUUUUCGGUAUCCAUGUGGUUCUAGCGAGUUCCGUGGGGUCUAAUCUGAUGGUGCCUGUCGCCAGCAAAUUCCUCUUAGGUGCCGGUAAACCAGGGCCGGGUGCCUUCACUCCGGACCGUCAUUGCCUUCGCGUACGCGCGCGGCCGGAGCAGUACGGGGUCCCGAGGGGCUGGGCCGGGUCAUGGUAUAUUAAAGGGGCUCAAGAAUUUGCGAGUCUCCCUUCUUCCUUCCUCACCUCCUCAUCCUCCUUGGACGUAGGCCCAUUCACCCCCCUCAACCCUAUAACUCUGACACAGACAUAAUCUCCUCUACUCUCAAGGGCGAUCGACCCAAUCGUUCACCAUGAUGCUGCACCAGACCAACUGGGGUACGCUCUUCAGUCUAGCCGUAGCAUAUUUUGCUGUGGCCGGACCUUCGCUCGCCGAUGCUCGCCUUCACAGCGCUACCUCUUCUCAUGUCAGCACCAACGCCGAGUCUCUCACAGCUCGUGAGGUCUCUACUGGUGACAAGCCAACCCUGGUUGCCUUCGAGAGAGCCUCGGGCAACCCUUACAAGGCCUACGAAGAGAGUCUCAAGCUCAACAAGCGAUCUACUGAGGGUGUCUUCCAUCUGCCCGUCUUCCGUCGCGAGUCUCCUGAUGCCAAGCUUCAUCGACGUGCCAACACUCCUAGCACCACCACUGCUAGGACCAACAUCGACCCACAGCUCCUUGUGGUCCCAGUCACCGUAGGCGGCAAGGCUCAGAACUACACCUUCUCUGUCACCUCGGAUUACAACACUGCCAGGAAUGUAGAGGACAACCCUAAGAGCUUCGACCCAUCGAAGUACUCGAAGGCCAAGAAGCUCGGAUCUGUCAAGGACGACUUCGAUGACACCGCUACCGAGUACACUCUCGAUGAUAUGGAGCUCUUCGGUGGCGUACCUGUCAACGGUGCUAGCCUGCUCUACCUCGAUGCCAAUGGCAACAAGCAGACUCUCAGCAACGGUGAUCUCGGCUUUGGUCUCAAGGGCAGCGGUGGCUUCUCCGAUGCCAAGGGCAAGACCACUCUGGAGGUGCUGCUCGAAUCCAAGGUCCUCGCUCAGGAUGUCUUCUCUCUGGCCCUAGGUGCAGGAGCACUUACGGACCCUGGAGUACUUCUCCUCGGUGCUUCCGUUGAAGCCGCCACUGGCGACAGUCCUGUCUACUCCAAGAGCUCAAAGGAUCGAUGGGCUCUCGACAUCACCGUCAGCGGUCACAAGGGCAAGGCUGACCUCAGUCUCGACAGUGUCUACUUCACUACUCCACCCGACGUUGCUACUGAUCUGAUCAAGAAGGCUGGCCUUAAGCCCAUCAAGAACCAGGCAGGUGACAUUGUUGCCGAGGUUGACUGUGUCAAGGGCACCUCCAAGGCCGUCACCAUCGAACUGGAGGGUGUCAACCUGGUCCUCCACGGCCCAGCCACGGUCAUUCACGUUGCCGACAAGAAGUGUUACUUUAUGGUCCAGGGCUCCGAGCAGGGCAAGUACCCAACGCCUUAUACUCUCGGUGAAGCUAUCUUCUUGUCGUACAACGUUUAUUUCGAUCUGUCAGGCGACACACCGAAGAUCGGCUUCGCUCUUCCUAGCAAGGCCUCCCCUCCCAGUGAAGCUGGCAAGGAACUCCAAGCUGCUGACGACGAGGCUAUCUCGGAGCGAGACGAUGAUUGCGACCAAAAUGAGACUCGCGGCUGGUGCUGGGGAUGUGAUCCUCACAGCAUCCACUGCGUAGACCGUAGACGUCGAGAGCCCGUCGAAAAGCUUACCAAGCGCGAACUUCAGCUUGAUGCGGAGCUCAAGCGUCGUUGCGACAACAAUGAGAGUUACGGCUGGUGCUGGAGCUGCGACCCUCACGACUACCACUGCGACCACGAGCGACGACGAGCGCUGGAGAAGGUCAUGGCAGCUGAGCGCGCUGAGCUUGAAGACAAGGCUGCCUCUCAACUCGCUCGCGAUGUCAACCCUGAGGCCUUCUGCGACCCUGACGAUGACGGCGGAGGAUGUGCUAUCGAGACACGAAACACCUUCUGCGACCCUGACGACGACGGUGGAGGAUGUGCUAUCGAGACACGAAACACCUUCUGCGACCCUGACGAUGACGGUGGAGGAUGUGCUAUCGAGACACGAUCCACGGCUGCCCCGCAAGUCAAACGCGAAGAUGGCUGCGACGACAACGAUGGCUACUGCAUUCCCUGCCAAGCUAAUGACCCAGACUGCGAACGCCGCCGCCGACGAGACCUUGAUGCCUUCUGCGACCCUGAUGACGAUGGUGGAUCAUGCGCUCUCCUGCCCGCAAGAGCCGAAGCUCGUCGCAAGGUGGCUGAGGCCGUAGCAGCUCGAUCAGCAGCAGUCAUCCACUGCGACCCUACGAGAGAUGUCCCAUGCACAGUCACUACCUGCGAACCGUCCGAUCCUGAAUGCAACCCUCACAAUGGAAAUGACGGCGUCACAAAGCGCGCGGCUAAGGCUUGCGACCCAGAAAACGAGGAGUGCGGCUCUGAGGAAGAAGCGGACUGCGAUCCCCUACAGGACCCCGAUUGCCUCAGUCAUCCCAGGCGAAGCAAUGUCGUUCGUAGGGGAACGGGUCCUUACGGCUGCGACCCCGAUGAUGGCGUCUGCAUCGCCUUCAAAGGCGUUCCAUCUUGCAACCCUUUCACAGGUGAGAAUUGCCAUAACCACAAGCGAAGCAACGUCGCAGAUGAGGGCGAUGGCCCAUACGGCUGCGACCCUAACGAUACCGGCUGCAUCAUCUUCAAGAACAAGCCAUCUUGCAACCCUUUCACAGGUGAGAAUUGCCAUCACCACAAGCGAAGCAACGUCGAAGAUGAGGGCGAUGGCCCAUACGGCUGCGACCCUGACGAUACCGGCUGCAUCAUCUUCAAGAAUAUUCCAUCCUGCAACCCUUUCACAGGUGAGAAUUGCCAUAACCACAAGCGAAGCAACGUCGCAGAUGAGGGCGAUGGCCCAUACGGCUGCGACCCUAACGAUACCGGCUGCAUCAUCUUCAAGAACAAGCCAUCUUGCAACCCUUUCACGGGUGAGAAUUGCCCUGGCCACGAGCGAAGCAAUGUCGACAGCAGGGGGCUCAAGAUCCCAGCCUGCGAUCCCGAAUUUGACCCCACGUGCGGUUUCGCAUUCUGCGAUCCUAAAGACCCUGGCUGCAAGCGAAGCGAUGUCGUCAACAAGCGCCUCGAGGCUCCAGAAUGCGAUCCCCAGAUUGACCCCGGGUGCGGUUUCGCAGUCUGCGAUCCCGAUGAAGACCCUAACUGCGGGCAGGAUCGCAAGCGAAGCGUGAUCAUCAGUGAGCAAGUCGAGGCUCGAGAAUGCGACCCUGAAGACGACCCCGACUGCGCAUUCUACGAAGACCCGAGCUGCAACCCUGACAAAGAUCCCGGAUGCAUUGGACACCGCAAGCGAAGCGGAGCCGCCACGAAGCGGCUCGAGGCCCUAGCCUGCGACCCUCUCUUCGACGACUGCGGUCCCGUAAGUGGUCUUGGGUGCAAUCCUCUCACUGACCCCUCGUGCGCCCACAAAUCCAAGCAGAGGGACGUUGUCAGUGAACUGGUCGGAGCUCCACCCCUGUCUCCCUAUUGCGAUCCUCAGCAGGACCCUCUCUGCCCCCAUUCCCAGCAGGAAAGGGCAGUAGGCGGACCUGGGCGAAAGAAGGAGGGAUCGCUGAUCUGUAUGCGCGGCUAUACUCCAGAAUGCCGAACAAAAGAACAGUGGGACCAAUUCUUCCGUUCAAUCGGUCACAAGAGAGCUUUGUCCAGCGCGUCUCCUCCUCGAGGCCCACAUCGUCCGCUCCUUUGCGUUCCUGGCGACAAUCCGGAGUGUAACGAGCACAACAUGGGAGGCAUCGGAAAGGGUCCUCACGGACGUUAGACGACUUACCUAAUCGUGAGCCCGCAAGCUCCCUAUCGUCAAACAAAGACGAAUCAGUGCCCCUAUCUUCUCCCCCUAACCAUCAUACCUGCUACCUGUGCGCACCGUGCCUACACAACCCCAUAGCA